AUGUACUCUUCUCGAUCUGCUGUUCCGCUGACGGCCAACUCAAAGUCCGUUUUGCAUGCGAAACCUGGCACUUUCGCUGCUGCUUUCCACUACACUGAAGACGAAACGCCCUCCCAGGACGACUCUCAGUACCACUCCACCAACGACCACUCCUAUCACGAAGACAUGGCAAGACAUCAUGGAAACGAUGGAUAUGUUACGAAUAAUAACAGGGGAGCUGAAGAAGGAGAAUCUCAGCCUGCGCUAUACGUUCGUGCUCUCUACAACUAUACCGCGGAUGACCACACGAGUCUCAGCUUCCGCCAAGGUGACAUUAUACAGGUACUUAACCAGCUGGAUACUGGAUGGUGGGAUGGCGUCAUGGGCGAUGUGCGCGGCUGGUUCCCGAGCAACUACUGUGCAGUUGUAACAGACCCUGAUUCGAUAGGAUUGGGUGGUGGCCAUUAUGAACAUGAAGGCGCUGACACCAGCGCUGAAUCCGGCGCUGACGACUACGACGACGACGAUGAUGAUUUGGACUCAGAAGGGAACCCCAAGGAUGAGCCGUCAAUCCUCCCCAUCGAGGGAGCAAGAGGCUCGGAACAUGAAGAAGCCGCCUUCUGGAUUCCACAGGCCACUGCUGACGGGCGGCUAUUCUAUUUCAACACUUUGACUGGUCGAAGCACGGCAGAGCUCCCGUUGGAGUCACCCAUGUCCGCUACAGACACUGGCCCACGCGAUCGGACGAAUAUAUUCGUUCCUGAACAGACCCGACCCCCGCCAGAGCUGAUGGUUGGGGGGAUUGAUCGUGACGAGGAUGAUUAUGAUGGUUCCGGAUCGGAGGCUGAAGGUGAAUCGUUAAUACGCUCGUCACACGACUCCGAGUCACGGCGCCGACGGUCGUUUAUUUCAGACGGUGUUUCCCCUGCCACCUCGCUAGACUCAAUAAAUACAGAGCCCAUAGGGAAACCAUACUCUGAGUCCAAACACUCACGACAGUCACCCCAUACCAGCAGCAACCAGUUGGCUCCCAAUAAUGGUAUGAUCUCUUCUGCCCAAGCUGCUCACUUUGACCGACUCUGCGCUCAAUCUAUCUCAUCCACCAUUCCUCGUCAUUUCCUCGAUGACCGCUUGUCUGCACCUCUUACUUGGAAUAAGCUCGUUGGAAACAUGCGCCAAGCGAUCGAUGCCUACAGGCGUGCGAUUAUGGAGGGCCAUCGUGCACAGUACGUGAAACGUGCUGAGGAUAUUUCGGACCAUCUCAGGAUGCUACUUGCUGCAGGCUCUGACACAACUGAUAAUCACUCCGGAAAUCCUUCCAUAAUCUCCACAAACAAAGCAUUGUAUCCGCAUUUCCGCGAUAUGAUGUCCAAAUUCUCGAAACUCCCGAUUGGCGAGGGCCUGAUUUCGGAUGCCAAAUGCCUGCAGGAAGCCGAAGGCGUCUUGCACGGUGUCUAUGGCUACGUUGAAGUCGCAAAACAACAACGAGGCGACGAUAUUAAUCGUCUGGUUCCUGGAUUUGUACAGGGAAGCGCCUCGGGAGGCCAUUGGCAGAAUAACAAUGUGGGAAUUCGAAACUCUACUUCAUUUUUCGACCACGCGAAUCGAGAGUCAGGACUGGAGCCAGCUAUGGUUCUUGAUUCAAACAUCGUUGAUCGAAUUGAAAGUCUGAAGGAUAUGCUUACUGCAAGCGCCCGAAGAUUGGAAGAGAAGCUAUCUCUGUCCGAGAAGACCAUAACUCCAAGAAUACACCUGGCGAUCGCGGAUGCAGUUUGCGCUGCAGGGUCCAGAGUGGUCGAAUGUUUCCAACCGUGGAUAUCGCUUGUGGAGUCUAUUGAUCUUGCUCCCCUCGAACGGAGCUCCCAGAAUCCACAGCUCGUCGACUUCAGCCUCCAAAAGCAACGUGCAUAUGACGGUGUUGCCGAUUUAGUCCUAAGUUGCCAGGCUGUUUCUGCGCCUUUGGCUGAUGAAUGGGCAGAAUUGAGAGGUGAUACUCUCGAAACUCGACUGGCCAGUGUUAGAGCGGUUUCCCGCCAGCUACAGAAUUACAUGACUCAGAUCGGGUUCUCUCUCACCCUGCUCCUCGAGCAAGCUCCUUCAGAAGCGCCUCCAGCUCGAGACAUUGGUAGUGGUGGCGGCCCGUCAAACGUUCCCUCAGGGUCUAUCGGAGUGCCCUCGUCUUAUCCUCCAGCUGAUAGGCAGCCGGUAAAGAGUCGAGCAAAUAUAGAUAAAGCGCAGCGUUUCUUUGGUGAUACCAUCCCAACUGAACCAGCAGUGCCAUGGUUUUUGAACAUUGACCACGAAUCAGAGGUUUUCUAUGACAACAAGGGAGAUGUACCGACGCUCAAGUGUGGCACUCUGGCCGGGUUGGUGGAACAUCUCACGCGCCACGACAAACUUGACACCUCCUUCAACGCGACUUUCCUACUCACAUACCGCUCCUUCACAACCGCAUCUGAGUUGUUCGAGAUGCUGGUACAUCGUUUCACCCUACAACCACCUUACGGACUGGAUAAAGCAGAUUUACAGACUUGGACUGAACAAAAGCAGGUCCCAAUUCGGAUUCGAGUGGUUAAUAUCAUGAAAAAUUGGUUCGAGAAUUACUGGAUGGAACCCAAUGAUGACGUAAACAUACGUCUCCUACAGCGGGUAUACGCAUUCGUCAAAGAUUCGGUUGGCAAGACAAAGACGCCUGGCUCCCAGCAGCUUUUGAGCUUGAUUGAACAGCGCAUGCGUGGCCAAGACACCUCAGCGAAGAGGCUUGUCCCUACCAUCAGCGGCAACGCACCGCCAUCGAUCCUUCCCAAGAAUAUGAAGAAGCUGAAGUUCCUGGACAUUGAUCCGAUGGAAUUCGCGAGACAGCUUACCAUCAUUGAAUCCCGUCUCUAUGCCAAGAUCAAACCUACAGAAUGCCUUAACAAGACAUGGCAGAAGAAACUUGCACCCGACGAGCCUGAUCCGGCAGCCAACGUAAAAGCGCUGAUUCUUCAUUCGAAUCAAUUGACUAAUUGGGUCGCGGAAAUGAUAUUGCAUCAGCAGGAUGUGAAGCGGAGAGUAGUUGUCAUUAAGCACUUUGUCUUGAUUGCAGAGAGAUGUCGCUCAAUGAACAACUACUCCACGUUAACGUCAAUAAUAUCAGCCCUUGGCACAGCACCUAUCCACCGACUGAGUCGCACGUGGGCCCAAGUUAGUGCCCGCAUAUCGGCAGUACUUGAGAAUAUGCGCAGGCUUAUGGCCAGCACGAAAAAUUUCGGGGAAUAUCGCGAGGCUCUACAUCUUGCGAAUCCUCCUUGUAUUCCCUUCUUUGGCGUUUACUUAACGGAUCUUACGUUUAUCGAAGACGGAAUCCCAUCUCUGACGCAAUCGCAUCUGAUCAACUUCAACAAGCGAGCCAAGACAGCCGAAGUUAUCCGCGACAUCCAGCAGUAUCAAAAUGCGCCAUACCCAUUCCAUCCCGUCCCAGAGCUCCAGGAUUACGUGCUUAGCAAUAUGCAGGCAGCCGGCGACGUGCACGAAAUGUACGAGCGCAGUCUCGAGAUCGAGCCGAGAGAACGCGAAGAUGAAAAAAUAGCGAGAUUGCUUUCGGAAUCGGGCUUCUUGUAG